AAGUCCCAUACAAAUUUAAGUCUUAUUCAACAUACUCAUUUAUUAUCUUAACAUUAGUCAAAGUAGUUAAUUUAACAAACUGUAUUGUGAAACCAUCCAUCAAACUCAUAACCUAACCUGGUUGUAUUAAAAGAACCUAGAAUUAUUUUUGGUCUACAUUUCAUAGAACAAGUAAAACAACACACACACACACAAAAAAAACACAACAACAAAAACAAAUUAGGAAGUUUUUACAUGGCUGCUAUUUUUUCCCUUAGAUGGAAUCAGUGUACUUACUUCGUUUUUCCAAGGCUGUGUUACCUUUAUUUCCCGCCUGGCAUAGCGCCUUAGGAUAAUAAUAGCAGGUUAUAAUAUUUGAUAUAAGCGCCUAAUCCCUUAAUAACCCCCAGAUAUGACUGAAGAUGAUGCUGGUUCUUGUAUGUCCGUGUGGUCACUGGGUAUUAUGGUCUGCCUGGUGACACAGCAACUGGAUCCUCAUCAGAAGAACAUGAGCAUUACUGCUCCUCUUGGCGGCUAACACCACGGUUGUUUACAAACAUCUUUUUUGAGGGGAGGGGGCGGUGCAGUUUAACCGGGAAAGGUUUUAUUGGUCACGCGCGCCAACAUGAACACUCAGACACACACGCGCCGCCCCCUUCGAGUCGGCCUCGUUUAAAAGCGCGCGCCAGCUCUCGGCCUGAGGGCUUAUACUCGCAGAGCAUCAGAGCGUCACCGUUCCUCGCUGGGACAGACUGAGAUAUUUUAUUAUACGGACAGUUUUAGGAAGUUUCCGGAUAUUCUAAAACCCGACUGGUGGCAUCAUGAAGUCCCCGAAACUGAAGACUCCAGGGAAGUUCGCCAAGGAGGAGGACCUGAGCGACGUCCUGUGCGAGUUCGACGCGGUAAUAGAAGACUUCACGUCGCCCGUGGAGAAGCGACACUUCAGGUACGACGAGCACCUGAAGACGGUGAAGAGGAGGAGCAGCGCGAGCGUCAGCGACAGCGGCAUCAGCGACACCGACAGUGCCGAUUCGCUCAACAGAAAUAGCUUCAGCUUCAGUGACGAGAGGCUGAAUUCCCCCACCGCCCACUCCCCCGCAACAACCUCCCCGCCGCUGAUGUCACCCAAACCAGCCAAACUGGGUGACACCAAAGAACUGGAGGACUUCAUCGCCGACCUGGACCGGACAUUAGAGAGCAUGUGACCCAGGAGCUCUCUGUCACCUUGGAGCGUAGCCAUGACGGAGGGACGGAGUGGAUUUCUGGACCGUCGCUGAGCAGUUAAAAUGCGCCUGGUCAGCUGCCCAGCAGGAUGCAGCUGGAGAAAACAGCAGCAGAACCCUGAAGGCUGCUGCAGCCGGUCCACACACACUUUCUGGACUAUGUGCUGCAGGGACGUUCUCAAUCUGCUUUCUGUAGAACUGGAACUAAAACGAGUUUGGAUCGCUAACAUCAUCCUGACGGACACUCCAGGCUCCACUCUCUCAUCCUAAACCUGAGCUGGAAGAGUUAUUUAAACAAAAAAGGCUUUUUGUAACAAAAACAUAUUUGUAAUUUUAUAAAGCUUCCUGCUGUCGAUUUAUGAUCCUUUUCGUGAAAUCUAUUUUUGUAUCGUAUGUAUAUAAUGUUUCAGAUUCUAUUUGUGCUAACCUGGACGGAUCAAGAUGAGACUCACACUGACUGGAGGGAAAACUGGAGAGCAGUGUCUGUAUCUAAUACAGCUAACACCUGCCAGAGAAAAUAUUCAACUAUAAAAUAUUCUUAACAUAGCAA